AUGCUCGACUCGGCCUCGGUAUCGACCGUCAUCCUCCUCGCUGCAGCUUCCGCCCUCCUCCUUGCCGCAAUGCUCUACCCGUCCUCGCUGCUGCGCUGGUUACAGCGGAAGCGGUACCAGUACGAAGUCACAUUCUCGCUGUACAUGCUCACGCCGACCGAGAAGUUCAUCUUCAACUCCAUCCUCUUCCUCCUCCUCUCGCUCCUCAUAAUAGCCGCCUCCCUCUACCUCCCCGAGCACCUCUUCCUCAUCGCAAACCGCAUGUUCUACUACUUCUCGGGCGACGAAGAAACGCUCGGCCCCGCUGCCAACAAGGCCGGCCAGCAAAUCGUCACCUCGUCCUUCGCAACAGCCGCGUCGCACCUCGGCAAGGAGCCCCUACACCAAGGGCCGCUGGCCGGCCAAGGCAGAGGCUACAUGGAGCCGUAG